CGGGGCCGGCGGGCGUGCUGACGUCGGGCCCGGGAGGGACGCCGGGGCUGCUGGGGCGACGCUGAGGACGGAGGGCGUCGCGCGCUGGUCGCCUUCGCGGUGCUUCGGGCGGCCCCUACCAUCCUGGUGGCGGCUGGAGUGUCCCCAACCCUGGAGGACAACCUCCUGGGGGAGGUUGAUGGUUAACGGAGCCGACUGCGGAGGGCGAUGGCCCACGUCUGGGUGCGGGGCCCACACCCGGCUCUGCGACUCGAAGAAACGUCUCUGCCCCUAGGAGUCCCUUGGUGUAGACCACAGGGUUGCUGUGAAACUCAGCAGUGUUAAACUCGCGUAUGUUACACAGUACCUGGCGCGGCGUAGACACCCAGUAAAUGUUAGCUAAUCUUGUAUGCCAGGAGCAUUGGCGACCAUAUCUAAUGUAAUUACAAGUAAAUUUCUAAGUGAUGAAGAAAACUUGAAACUGUUUGGGAAAUGCAGCAAUCCAAAUGGCCAUGGGCACAAUUAUAAAGUUGUGGUGACAGUACAUGGAGAGAUUGACCCUGCUACGGGAAUGGUUAUGAAUCUGGCUGAUCUCAAAAAAUAUAUGGAGGAGGCAAUUAUGGAGCCCCUUGAUCAUAAGAAUCUGGAUAUGGAUGUGCCAUACUUUGCAGAUGUGGUGAGCACGACUGAAAAUGUAGCUGUUUAUAUCUGGGACAACCUCCAGAAAGUUCUUCCUGUAGGAGUUCUUUAUAAAGUAAAAGUAUACGAAACUGACAAUAAUAUUGUAGUUUAUAAAGGAGAAUAGCUAUUGGGGUUAGCAUUGUACAAAGCCCAAUUUCUUUCUGUGUUUGAAAAAGAUUUUGAUCCCCUUGGAAUAUUAAGAGGUCAACACGUGAUUGUUGUACAUACACAUUGUGCUCUGGAGUGCCUAUUUAUUGAAAUCAUUGUAAGACCUAUUAUAAAUUUAAGUCUAUUUAAAACUAAACUUGUAAUAUAUCCUGAAAAUCAUUUAGAGAGUCUUUUAUUUAUAAAUUAAAAAUCACUUCAUUUUCACAAAA